AUGGCAAAAGAUAUGACUUCACAUCAGGAUGACAAGACUUAUCUUCAGGUUGUUAAUAUUGCUACGCGUAAGGAGGCUUUUGAUAAAAUUGCCAUGGAAGCUAGAGAUAAUAAUAAGAAGGCUAGAACAAUAGGUAGUUAUAGUGAACUUUCAGUUGGGGGUAAGAACACGAAUCAUUCAGCUCACAUUCAAUCAACAGCUCACUCGUCUCCUUAUCCAGCUCCACUCACACAUGGCCAACAAAGUAAGGGUCAGACCUAUCAGGGGUCCAUUGCAACCAGUCAAGUUCAACCUCGGUUCUCCUAUCCUAUAUGUUCUUCGUGCAACAAAAGACAUCCAGGGAAAUGCCUUUUGGGUGAUAAAGGUUGUUUCCACUGCCAUGAUCCAGGUCAUAUUAAGAAAGACUGUCCAUGGCUUGGACAAGCUCCAGGGAAGGCUCCAACUUCUCAGGCAACGUCCAUAGGUAAUUCUGCAAUUGCACCUCCUCAUAUUCGGGAACCUAUUACUCAGACUAGGCGUGGUGCCAAUAGAGGUGGAGCUCAGGGAGGAGGCGGACCAGCCAGAUUCUAUACAGUUCUAGACAGGCAGAAUGCGGAGGCAUCUAACAAAGUUAUUACAGGUAUUCUCUCAAUUUGUGGUCGCCCUGCGUAUGUAUUGGUUGAUCUUGGUUCAACUUUCUCCUAUGUGUUUCCUUAUUUUUGUGUCGAGUUUGAAAAAGCAUCAGAACAAUUAGGGGUUCCGUUUGAGGUUUCCACACCCAUAGGGGAAUCUGUUAAAGUUGAAUAUAUAUUCAAAAAUUGCACCAUCACAGUUCAGGGCCGGGAAACAUCAGCCGAUUUGAACUUAUUAGAUAUGGUUGACUUUGACAUCAUAGCUGGCAUGGACUGGUUAUCUUCGUGUCAUGCUAUAGUUGAUUGCCACGCGAAGACAGUUAAAUUCUCAUUUAUUGGGGAAGAUCCAGUUAUAAUUAGAGGUGAAGGGGGUACGUCUGUGGGUAAGUCUAUUUCUUACCUUAAGGCUAGAAAACUAGUGAGCGGCGGGUGUUUGGCAUAUCUAGCACAUGUGCGAGAUAUGAAAGUCGAAUCCCCAAUGCUUGAAUCAGUACAGAUUGUGAAAGAGUUUCCAGAGGUGUUCCCGGAUGAUCUCCUAGGGAUACCACCAGAUAGGGAGAUUGAGUUUAGCAUAGACACAUUUCCAGGAACUCAGCCAAUCUCGAUUCCUCCUUAUAGAAUGGCUCCAGCUAAGCUAACUGAACUUAAGAAACAGUUACAAGACCUCUUAGAUAAGGGUUUUAUUCGACCUAGUAUUUCACCCUCUGCGAAUGUGGUUGCUGAUGCUCUAAGCAGAAGAUCUAUGGGGAGGUUGGCCAGGUUGUCUGUGGUUGAACGUCCAAUAGUAACGGAAGCUCAACAAAUAGCUAUCCAAGGGGUUCGUCUUGAUGAGAAGUAUGAUGGAAGGUUGAUAGCAAGUAUGGGUGCUAAGUCUACUUUAGUAGAGCAAGUUAAAACCAAACAAUUCGAUGAUGCUAGCUUGUUUAAGCUCAAGGAAAGUGUCCUUAGUGGCAAGAUUAAGAAUUUUUCACUUGAUGAGAAUGGUGUGAUGAGACUUAAUGGUCGCUUAUGUGUGUUUAAUGUAGAUGAUCUUCGCAGAGUAAUUAUGAUAGAAGCUCAUAGCUCCAAAUACUCAAUACACCCAGGUUCUACUAAAAUGUAUCAUGAUUUGAAAGAUAUUUAUUGGUGGGAUAAUAUGAAGCGAGAUAUUGCAGAUUUUGUAUCGCAGUGCCUAAACUGUCAGCAAGUAAAAGAUGAACAUCAGAGACCAGGUAGCUUAGCUCAAGUCAUUGAAAUAUCAGAAUGGAAAUGA